UUUUGAUUCUCCCGAUUCCAUGAUGCCCAACCCAUGAUGGCAUCAACGCCAGGUUCAAGCUUUAGCGACAGAUCUGGUGCGCUUCACACAGAUACGAACGACAGGAAGACGACCCGUGCGAUCCUCCCGCCCUCCCCGUCGACCGUCCGAUUCACCGACAACUCUGACAUCGACGGCGACAGCGACAGCGACCUCGACGGUGCGACCGAAGCGUAUAAUAUCAUUUGGGAUAGCUUUUGCGGGCUUCCAACGCGUGACGCCUAUCCCAGUUUUUUCCUCCCAGAUCAGCAGGCGUACGACAGGCUAUGUGAGAAGAUUUCGGAACACGACGGCCUCCUCUCGUACUUCAACGAGUCGCUACGAAAGGACUGGAAUGCAGAGACGGGCAUAUUAACGCUGCGACUGAUGCCUAGUCCCAUGCAUGAGCAUUUCCAAGACUGCCUUAUUGACGCGAUUAAAAAAGAAUUGAACCGUAUCGCUACCGAAUACCCAUCACUUCGAUCUUUCCGUAACAGCAUUAAAUCAUGUGCACACACUGAUUUCGGCGGCUCGACGCAUUUGGUGAAGUCGCCCGAUGGCCAAUUUUCAUACGUCGGAAUCUCCCAACCACAGUUGGUGAUAGAGGUCGCCUACAGCGAAGCCGAGAGAGCUGCCAUGCUGAAGUCGAAGGAGUAUUUUAUCCACAGCCCAGGCAAGGUCAACGCGGUCCUUCUUGUUGACAUCGAUUAUGCCUUGAAACCAAAGCGUCGGGAAGAGAAUCAUUCCCAUUGUGGCUCGUUAUUCCUAUGGACUGCAAGGAAGCACGAGGGAGUUCUCACCGUCCAACGUACAAUCAAUUCAGCAGUCUUUCGGGACAAUGGCCAUGCUACCAUGGGGGAGCUUGUUCUCCCGUUCGAGUUAUUCAUUCCACGUGAUCAACAAGAUAAACUACCAGUUCGCGAUGUCGCAUUACAUUUGAGCUACGAAAUGCUCGCAGAGUUUGUUACUGAUGCCGAACAACGACAACUUCUAGCCGACGCAACACCGGCGCCUCCUUCCCCAACAGAGAAGAUUAUGUUUCUUGACGAGCAUGGGGUUGUUAUGAGCGAGGAAACUCCACCCCAAGGCGUCAAGCGCAGGAGAGGAAUGUCCCAAUCAGAGCUUUUCACUAGAAGUACAAGAUCAAUGAGUCGGCCUAGGAGGUCCCCUCGUUUACGCUCUGCUAGCCAGAAUAGAUAAGCCUGACUUGGGAACGCAUAGCAACGGAGAUCUAGCAUCCUAAUGACUAAAAACGACGUUGAGAGCUCUGUCUCAUUUGAAAUCUAGCGGGAAUUGUUUUAGGUCUGCAUAGCGUUGGCGUUCAAAGAAUUGGGAUGGGAAGUAUUUAUGUAUAUAUGUGUGUGUGAACUCGUCUUGGUAUCCAAUUCAAUACACGUGGUGGAGAGCAUCCACCCAGGGCGCUUUAUGACCUGAUGAUUUUAUAUUAUACACACACACACCAUAUUCUAUCUAUCGUGCAUCUUUUCUCUUCUGUGAUGAUAUUAACAUCACUUGGGUACUGUUGCGGACGUCUCCCUUAGUCGCAAUGGCGACUAGGUAGAAUGGAUAAUGGGUUAACUCAUCUUGGGCGAAGGGUAAUAAGUUGACGUUGGGGAAACGCCUCGCUAGGCUGCCCGUGUUACAGCAGCUAUGGUAAAGACCAAUAUAGCUAGAGUCAUCCCGCUUCAGUAUCAAGUAUUUUAGCAAUACAUAGAACAUCUAUCUUCUUACGUAUUUGCA